GCAUUUCCCUCGCACGAAUGUAGUCUUAAUGAGGCUGAGUGCACGGUAUUUAACACGGGUAGAUUAUUUAAACCUAUUUGCUGAGAGAGUUUUAGCACAAUGCAUGAUAACGACCCAGAAAUGAUCGAGAGAGAGAAACAUCGAAAUCUCUCAAAGAUGCAGCACAGGACAUCCACUCCAAUCGACAAUGCGCCUGGAUGGAACGAGGCUCUUGCGACUGCUUCUGAGGCUUCUGUGAAGGCCGAUCAUUCUGAUUACAGCCCUGCGGAGCUCCAGAAGCGUACUGUUGAGUACUUGACAUCACGUCACUCACCGGAAGAACGAGUGGAGCCAACUUUUGCUUUGUAUACCCGGGACGAAGUUGAAGGACCCUUGUCGAGCGCUCAGGGGUUCGAGGAUCAAGACGACCAUGCAGAGGAGGUUGUGAAGCGAACUGUUCAGAAAGAAACUACCCAAGUCUUCAAGAAGGUCGAUCCUAGUAGCACGAAACCCGUUAGUGCCUCCGCGAUCAUAUCAUAAAGAUGGCUGAUGACCGAUGCUUGGCUGUUAGGGGAAAGCAAACGAAGGAAAUUUGAGCGGGUAAGAUGAACGACCGGGUAUUUUGCGGAUUUUACUGUAAAAGAAGAAAAAUGUGUAGCUUUAUCAAACAAGCCCCCAAGUACCGUCUCUGGUUGUAACAAUAUCACUGUUGUAUUUUGACGCAUUA